CAGUUAAAUGAAUGAUGGGCGAAAGAAGAGGAGAGACGGACUUUUCCACAGAAAUAUCAACUACAAAUCCGUCUAGAACCAAAAAUUUAUACAGGUUGUCAGGAAAGGUGAGUCUGGAUGACUCUGCGAGUGAGUUUUCGUCCCUGGACAGCUGGGAGCCGGACAGGCCCAGUCAGCUGGUACAGAGGACUAGCUUCUCCAACAUAUCAUUUAAAGGAGAAGACAAGACGACAGAUGAGAUUGGUGCUCAGAUGAGUCAGAUUGAUGAAGGACACAUCCAGCUAGACCUACAGGACUUCCCUGACUCACAGGGACAGGAGAGUCAUGGCAGACACAGCUUCAACGCAUUCGCUGAAGCAAGACAAGAGGAACAGGAGGUUCGACAGCCGCCAGUCAGAAAAAGAAGCAGCCACGGAUCCCGGCGGGGAAGGAAGCUGCCAGAAAUACCAACAUCUCGCAGACGGUCUCCCGCAACUGUACCUCCCAUGGUGGUUGGCAGCCUCCCUGAGUCAGAACCAGAGACGGACUCACAGCAGCCUGGCAGCAGGCUUCUGGACGAGGCACAGAUCCCCAGCACAGCCUUCAGCAGCACUAGCCUGGAAUCCAAGCCCUUCCUGAAGCCGCAGAACCCUUUCCUGGAAGACGCAGCCUCUCCCGCAGGCACUGAUGAGGAUACGGAGGAAGAGGUGGAUCCUAUCUUGAUGGUGGGAGCCUACACAGAAGGAAACAGCACAUUUUAUGACUCAGAGGAGCCGGACCCUGCAGUACCCAGUAUUGUCGUUAGGGGGAAAAAACGGGAACAGACUCACCGCGCCCUGUACCGUUUCAUUCCAAGACACCAGGAUGAGUUGGCGCUGAACAUAGCUGACCCCCUGUAUGUGGAGAGAGAGGCGGAGGACCUGUGGUUUGAAGGGUGGAACAUUCGCACUGAGAAGUAUGGAGUCUUCCCCAGCGCUUACGCCUACGAGGUCGGAACUGAGCAGGAAGAAAUCGGUUUCAGUGGUAAGGUGCAUGUAGACAGAUACACACUGAAGUUCCUGGGUUCUGUAGAAGUUCCGUAUCACAAGGGCAACGAUGUGCUGUGUCAGGCUAUGGAGAAGGUAGUGAAGGCUCGUAGGAUGACGUUACACACCAAACCGCCCCAGGUGUGUGCUGUGGACAUCAGUGAUAAAGGUGUGAAGAUGGUGGAGAACUCCAAUGGGCAGAGGAAGGAGGGUGCAAAGUGGGGAAAGCUGUUUGGUAGUAAGAAACUUCCAAGUAAUGGUGGACAAAACUACUUCUUUGCUCUGAAGAAUAUUUCCUUCUGUGGCUACCAUCCAAGAAAUAGCAGAUAUUUUGGGUUCAUCACCAAACACCCAGCAGAGCGCAGGUUUGCCUGCCAUGUCCUGGUGUCAGAGGAGUCCACACGGCCUGUAGCAGAGGCACUUGGGAGAGCCUUCAGAAAGUUCUAUGCUGAGUACAUGGACUACACCCACCCUACAGAGGACAUAUACAUGGAGUAA